AUGCAGGUGAAGAUUGUGCGGGAGUCCAUGAACCGGAUGAUCGAGGCGUGGAGGGAGAUCCCGGACGCGGAGGAGGAUGUGUGCUCCUCCGCCGCGUCGCCGGCCCAGACCAGAUCUCCUUCUUUCGCAGAUAGUGCAAGUGAUGGUCGAUACCCUGCUGAUUCCUUAGGCUCCAAUUCCGUCCAGUCAGUUACAAAGAGGAACAUGCUGCCGGCAAGCAGGUCACCGCCGUCAGUCAGUAACCGAAGGACCAGUCCUUCCAUCAGAAGCAAGAAGAGUUCGCCGCCUUCACGCGGCGGCGAUGUGGACCAAGCCAAGAAAUAUGACUACAAGGUCGACGUUACCGGUGCAGCAGAUGCCACCCCGAUCAAGACGGUGACUGGGGAGAAGCUUCUGAAAGAGGGCAAUGUUAGAGCAAGGCUUGAAGCACGGAAGAUGCUGUUCCAGAAGAGUGGUGAAAAAGGGUACAAUAAGUUAGUCGGGCGCAAGUCAGGGUCUAGAGUUGUUCCAUACAACAACGAGGAUGGUGACUCGGAAGAGAGCACCGAGGUUGAGGAUGAUGGGCCGGAGGAGGUUCAGUCGGACCACUCCUCCGAGGAGCUUCAGUUGGUUCACAAAGAUGAAGACCUGUCCAAGAUCAGGAUGCAGCUGGUUCAGAUAGAGAAUCAGCAGACAAACUUGCUCGACCUUCUCCAGAAAUUCAUGGGGAGCUCCCAGAAUGGGAUACGUUCGUUGGAGACAAGGGUGAACGGUCUGGAAAUGGCACUGGACGAGAUCUCGCGUGAUCUGGCCGCCUCUUCUGGAAGGAUGCCAAGCAGCGAACCUGACAUGAACUGCUGCAUCCCGAGCCCAAAAUUCUGGAGAAAAAAUGAAGGCGGUAGAUACACUUCAAGGUACCCCGUCUCCGACCUAGCAAACCACCCCGAGGAGAGCAGAGCUUCUUCUAAGUGGGAGAGGCAGAAGUUUGGAGUUCAGGGUGGGUUCGUCACCAACCCAUUAGCAGAGCCAAACACCUCAUACGUAAGGAGCACGUUGGUUGCUCAGGAAGGCAGGAGGCAGAAUUCAGCCCAAUACAAGUCGAGGACGCGUUAG